AAAUGACUUUGACAGAGGUGAACGGAAAUUUAAAGUUUAAAGCCACGCAUAUUAAAAUCACUGUUGUGUUUAUGCUCGGGGUAUAUAAUGCAGUGAUUGUGUGUUUUGAAAUGCAAGAGUAGAAAAGUGUCACAGUUUAUUGACGUUUCGGUAACAGUAAUGAACCAUACCUAUUGCUGGAUGCCUGCGGUUGAAGGUCUGUUCAGCUGCUCUGACCCAGCUGUGUGGAGAGGAGUGUAUGAGAAAUACUGGGCAGUAGUGGAGGCCAAGUCCACAGGGAAAGGUAAAGCAGGGAAACUGCUGGCGCUGGAUAAAUGGUACCAGGAAGAGCUCCCUAAGCUGAUCUCCGCCCGGUCUGAGCCUCAUGUGACCCGCGACGACCUGAGCAAGCUCAUGGAAUGGAAACUAACGAGGGGUAAGUUCCGGCCGCGGCUGCAGCAGCUGAUCGAGUCUAACAGCGCUGAGACGGUGAUGAGCUGCAGCAAGAAGGCCUUCGCCCUGCUGCCCAACGUGGAGGCGGCCAUCACCGAGCUGAGCACGCUGAAGGGCAUGGGCCCCGCCACCGCAUCAGCGGUGUUGGCAGCAGGAGCUGGAGAUGAGGCCGCCUUCAUGGCAGAUGAGAGUGUGGAGAGCAUUCCGGAACUCCGCCCAGUGCAGUACACAGCCAAACACUACAGGCUCUACCUGGAUAAAAUCACCCAGAAGACCAAACACCUCAACACAGUGGACAGCGGAAAGGACUGGACUCCUCAUAAGGUGGAGUUGUGUUUAUGGGCAUGGGCAGUGGCCAACAAAUUACAACCAUCUCUAUUGAGCGGACUGAGUGAGUUUGAAGAGACCCUGACCAAUCAGAAGGCAACAAAGAGACCAGCGUCCUAUGAAAAGCCAGCUAAGAGGCAAAAAACAUAAAAUAUUGAAGGGGGAGGAAAGGGUUAGGCCCCAGUGGAAUGGCCACCAACACCGUGGGUCGCGCUGACGGGUACAGGGCCGUUGACAGUCCUCUGAAGGGACCCCCAUCCAUUACAUACAAUGUAAUGAAACCCCAAAUUUUGGGCCCCCUUUCUCCAUGGGCCUGGGACAACUGAGCCCUUAUUCACUGCAAUGCCAUUUCCGUUUGCUAUUGACCACAGCAUUGUUAAUACACGGAUAGUAGUUUGUUCAUGUGGAUCAGUGAAUUCAUUUUUUAUAGGCGCAUUCCAGUUUUUAGAAGGUUUAUCAUUUAUCAUACAGUUGCAAAAGUUGUUAUUUUUCUAUGUCUGUCAGGUUAUUACUGAGCAAAGAAAUAAUAAAUAUAUAUUUUU